AUGAGCGCAAACGAUGGAAAUCCAGAGAUACGAUUUUUGACAUUCAAUACCUGGGGACUAAAGUACGUUUCCAAGUUCCGGAAACAGCGUCUGAGAGCUAUUGCUGAGAAACUAGGAGGACAAUCUACUGCUUUACCUAUUCAUGGGCUUUCCGAGAAACACUCUGGGUCUUCAGAAUACGAUGUGGUGGCAUUACAAGAGAUUUGGUGUAAAUCUGAUUGGGAUUACAUCGAGCAAAAGUGCCAGCAUCGAUACCCAUACCGGCGCUUAUAUUAUUCUGGUAUCUUGGCCGGCCCCGGUUUGGCGAUUUUGUCCAAAAUUCCUAUCGAAUCUACCUUUCUGUACCGAUUCCCAAUCAAUGGACGCCCAAGUGCAUUUUUCAGAGGUGACUGGUACGUGGGAAAGUCAGUGGCGGUGACACUUCUGAGGCCAGUAACGAAAAACGGAUAUCCCCUGGCCAUCUUGAAUAGCCACAUGCAUGCGCCGUACGCUGCCUCGGGAGACGCGGCUUAUUACUGUCACCGUUCGUGUCAAGCUUGGGACCUUAGUAAAUUGGCCAAUUUAUAUAAACUGGCUGGAUACGCAGUGGUCAUUGUUGGUGACUUGAACUCAAAACCGGGGACUUUGCCGCACAAAUUCCUAACCAGAGAAACGGGCUUUAUGGACUCCUGGGAGCAGUUGCACGGGGAGCAAGACCUGAGUCAAAUUGCUAGAAUGGAUCCGCUCCAGCAGAUUGAGUACGGUGGAACUACUUGUGAUUCGAUUCUAAACACCUGGCGUUCGAUGCGCGAGCCAGGCGAAGCCUGUAGACUUGACUAUGCAUUAAUCGACGCCAGCAGGCUACAAACGGUUUUCGCAAGUUUGAAGUUCACGGAAAGGAUUCCAGAAAUAGGAAGCUUUUCCGAUCAUUUUGCAUAUAAUUGCACGCUUCGAUUGCGUGACAGAGAGCCAGGAUUGGUAACAGAGGAGGAAACCGACCGAGGCAUGAUUUCAGAGCGAUUACAAAACUAUGAUGAGAUGCUAAGCGUUUUGGAAAAUUAUGAAAAGGUGGCGAAGUGGCAAAGAGCGUGGAGGGGAACGCAUUUUUGGCUAACUGUUGUCUGUAUUGUCGUCGUUCAUGUUGCGAUCACAUUCACCGCCAACCGGGCCGGCUGGUCUUCGGUCUUUUGGGUAUUUUUUUUGACGGUCAUUACUGUGACUGGCCUCAUCGACGGAUUAAUUUCAUUUUUAUUUGGCAGGAGCGAACUCCGCGCGCUGGAGGAGGUUUCUCGAGAGGUGAAGGACGCCAAGUUACACGGCUAUCGGUUGCUAGAUAACAAGAUCUGA